AUGGAGGAGCUGGACGAGAUCCUCGACGCCUGCGCCACCAAGGGCGACAGGACGACCAAGGACGGCGAGGCGCCCUUCGCCUCAACGUCGUAUCGACUGACAACAACAAGAACGGGGCUGAUCUGCCACGGCUCAGCAGGGCACCUAGCCCCACCGUUGGAGUCGCGGAGCGUUAUCAACGGACCCGUUUACGGGCCAGAUGACGACGUGCGGCCCGUCGUGCAAGCUUCAAUCCGACCCGUUGCUGCGAAGCUCUUCAUCAUCAGCGGCGACAUCCCCAUCCUCAAGGAAGACAACGCGCCCAUCACGCUGAGCAACCUGCUCAUACACACGGGCUUGGCUACGCGAGCGGGAACCCAGAAUACGCGCAGUGGGCAGAACAUAUAA